GAGAAUUAUUGUACAUCAUCGGGGCCAUCACACUUCUUACACCAAUGUAUCAAUGUCACCACCAACCAUCUCACUCUCUCCAGCUUGUCUCCGUUUCCUUUUAUUUCUCAUGAACUCUUUCUGCCAUCAUAUCAUCUUAACCCUGAAGUUUGUCUGAAGAGCUGAAUGCAAGUAUUUGUCUUAUUUUGCUUUCCUUCAUUAGCCUGAUUCCAGAUAUGUUUGGGACAUCUUGCCAAAACUGACAGAAGGAGUGGUUUUGUCUGUAGCAUCUUUCUGUCUGUCUAUGGUUGCUCCUUCAUUGUCGGAGUGUAACAAUGUAUAGAUGAACUCUUCAGGGGUUAGUUUCCUGAAAGUUUAGUAGCUCCAAUCUCAUCUUUCAUCUACUGCCUACAAUGGGUUUAUGAUCAUCUUAAAUUUAACCAGUAAAUGAUCACAUUUUAUUGUUCACAUACACAUAUUUAGCAGAUGUUAUUGCGGGUGUAGCCAAAUGCUUGUGUUCCUAGUUAGUACGUUAACCAACCCAGGUAAAGUGUUGGUACUUACGGUUCCUCCAACCUUUCCCUUUCUCUCCCUCAGCCUUGUCAGCAGUGUCAACAACAAUGUUGGUAGAGGACUAAACAUUGCUUUAGUAAAUGGGGUAUCUGGAGAGCUCUUGGACACAAAAUCAUUUGAUAUGUGGGCAGGAGAUGUUACUGACCUGUUGAAGUAUCUCCUACCUUUACAUGAGGGAACACUUGUGUUUGUAGCUUCCUUUGACGAUCCUGCCACAAAGGCUUCCCAAACUCUAGCUAGCCUACUUUACUGCGACUGUCUGUCUCCCUCUCCUAACACCCGCGGCAGAUUAAAUGACGAGGCUCGUCGUCUGUUUGAGGAGCUGGGUAGCACAGCAGUGAGGGAGCUCACCUUCAGAGACAGCUGGGUGUUUUUAGGAGCCAAGGGCAUCGAGAACAAGAGUCCAUUCGAACAGCGUAUGAAGAACAAUAAGAACAGUAACAAGUACGAAGGCUGGCCUGAGUCUCUGGAAAUGGACGGCUGUGUCCCCCUCCGUUCCCCUUCAGAGGGCUAAACACACUCUGCUUGUAUCCCUCCCUUCCUCCACUCUUCUCAGAUGAUGCUUAUGCCCUACAUGGAUCCAAUACUUUUAAAUACUGGGAGUGUGCAAGACAAGUGCACACUUUGGGAGAAGGGUUGGAGAGUUGGAACGCAACCUGUUUCUAAGGACUAGCACCUUUUGAGAACGAAGGCCUCUGGUUCUAAGGACUAGCACCUUUUGAGAACGAAGGCCUCUGGUUCUAAGGACUAGCACCUUUUGCGAACGAAGGGCUCUGGUUCUAAGGACUAGCACCUUUUGAGAACGAAGGCCUCUGGUUCUAAGGACUAGCACCUUUUGAGAACGAAGGCCUCUGGUUCUAAGGAUUAGCAGCACAGAUGUAUCUGGAGAAACUGGAGCAGCAGAAGCAUAUUGACUCUGACAUUUUGACUCACCUCGAUUUACAGGCUUCCUCACAUUACUUCUCUUUAAUGAAACUUGUGGACGGACUGGGACCAUACAUUUCCCUCUGCGUUUCUAUCACACCGGCCCUUUUUUGUGUCUCUCGGCACCCAUUAUUAGCCAAACGAUCAGUUAGACAAGCCCACAUAAUGGGCUUAAGAUGGCCCUAUGACCAGUCCCUAAUGAGACUUGAGUAUGGUAUUGGUAUUGCACGACUACAGUUGGGUAAAUGAUGCUCUGUUACAAUAUCAUGUAACUACAGGGAGGUAAAGACUCUUACAAUACUUUUUUUUUUCCUUCACUUUUUGUUAUUUUUGUGAAGUAACACGUGCUGCAAAGGACAUCUUCUCUUGAGUGGACUGACUCUGUCACAAUGCUGGUAGCAAGCUGGCCUGAUGGUUGAUAUGCUAACUUGUUGAAGCAACUGUUUGGACUUGACAUUCGAACUAGGAAUUGAUUUAAGUGUUUGAGGCUUAAUGUUCCUGGGAAUGACCACGUAGGAGGACAUGGAUAUUUCAGAGACCAAAUGUUUGAUGCACAAAUAAGGGAAAAAAUGAUGCUGGAUAGAAAAAAAAGAAUAUAUUAAAGAAGUAAUGCCUGUAAAACCCUGCAAAUGCACAGGAAGAGGGCAGAUAAUGCUGCCUAUAUGAACGGAAAUCGCGAACAGAAUACAAUUAGGAUUCACUAGCAACAUAUUAUUGCUGGCUGUUCUAGGAAGGAUAUUGUAUGUUAUGAUAAAUUAAAAUGCAUUAAUAUAUAUUUUGUAUGCAUAGUUUAAUAUAUUAAAUUGUAGAUUUCAGUCUAGUUGUGCUAGCCUGAGUGCCAGUCUGUUUGUUCCAUCAUGCCAACUUGUAGUCAUGUCAAACAUUUGGCUUGACAAGGUGUAACGGAAGCACAAACAGAUCUGGGACCAGGUUAAAGUGCUAAUAACCUCCACCUUUUAUGUGAGUGUUACCCUGGGGGUUGGAUGUGGGGUUACACCAAUGCCAUGAUAACUGUAUAUAUGUGAUGACCUUUGUAUGCUUGCAAUGUGCAAUGAUGGAAAAGUACUGGGUAAACGGAGAAGUACUGCUUUAGUUCUCAGGCUGAGAAUUGUCUGCACCUGCUGACAGUCACACAGCCUCAAGGCCGAGAUAGUAGAGUGAGAAACCACUGUCUAGACAUGCUUUUCUCAUCUUAGAUACUCUGUAUAACAAUGUUAAGAUAUGAUUGACGAUAGGUUGUAUAAAGAGUGUGGUCUCCUGUUUCCCCACACAGAUUUUUACUAUAGACUACUGAGGUAUUCUGUAUGCAAAACUGUCUGCAAUUGCAUUUUAUUACUAAAGAGUUUUAUACCAAG